CCCGCGCGCUUCAACUAGCCGUCGAACUGCUCUCUUUUGUCGCUGCCGUGAGUUCCCUAAACCCACCACCAGACAAUACACUCACACAACACCAAUACUCUGCUUGAAACUCUGCAACUUCUUAUUUCUAUUACGAUAAGAAAUUCUUUGAGGUAUAUAAGAAUUAAGAAGAAAGACUAUUUUAACGGUAUUAUUCUGUUGAUUCUGGUAUGCUACAAGCUUGAACAUAGAAUUGAAGAGAGAAACCCUUUAUUAUUUUAUCAUUGGCCUAUUUUUGGCAUUGCAUAUCAUUGUAGUUUGUUUAUUCAUAGAACUAGUUGUUUAUGAUCCCCCUUUGAAGUAAAAAAAUGCAGUAGAAGAGUGUUUAGAACCAGUUGCUUUAUUCAUUGAAUUUUUAUAGAAUCAGGUAUUUAUUAUAAAACAGUUUUUCCGGUUGAACCAUGGUUGAACCGGUUUUUUCGGUUGAACCGGUUGAACCAGUUGAACCAAUGAAUUAGUGAACCAGUAAUGAGCGGUUCGAUGACCAAUCCAGUUUUCUGAGAGUUCACUUCACUUUUGGAUCAGUGAAAAUGGCUCUAACCGUCAAGCUGCCAAUACGGUUCCCAAUUUCCGCGCCAAUUAUCGACCCGUAUCCGACCCAUGAACCGACCCAAAUAUCAACAGAGGUCAGAUUCUCUCGUUGGAACAACGCCAAUGCCGCCAAGUUCAACGAGCGCCGGCGAACCCAGCAGGAAAUCGAGGAUGAGAUACGCCGCACGCGCCGCUUCGACUCUGCCGACAAAAUCGCCGGAACCGCCGAGACUUCUGCCGUUUCCAGCGCCACUGUUAAAACCUUCAAAUCCGCCGGGACGCCCUCCGCUCCGUCGAGGCCUUCCAUCCCCGGCAGGAAAUCGAAGUACUCCAAACCGCCGGCGGAGCCCCCGCGGGAUUCUCAUGCGGCGGUUAGGUUUUCCAGCACCCCGAAUUCGAAUCCAAGCAGGACUCAAUUGGCGCCAGCAAACGUGAGAAUCGGUGACGACGGAGUCUCCUACGUGGUCGAAGGCGCACCGUUCGAGUUUCGGUACAGCUACACGGAAACGCCAGCAGCGAAGCCGGUGAAGAUUCGGGAGCCAUCGUACGUGCCGUUCGGACCAGCGACGAUGCUGCGGCCAUGGACCGGACGGGCACCGCUGCCGACGAGCAAGAAGAAGUUGAGGGAAUUCGACUCGUUCGUUCUGCCGCCGGCAGACAAGAAGGGGGUGAAGCCCGUCCAGAAGCCCGGGCCCUUUUUACCUGGAUCGGGCCCGAAACACGUGCAGUGGAAGGAAGAGUUGUUGGGGGAGCCAUUGACGAAGGAAGAGAUCAAUGCGUUGGUUGCCGGCACCGUCAAAUCUGCCCGCCAGCUCAAUAUUGGUAGAGAUGGUUUGACACAUAACAUGUUGGAGAAUAUACAUGCUCUUUGGAAACGACGGAGAGUGUGCAAGAUAAAGUGCAAAGGAGUGUGCACCGUCGACAUGGAUAAUGUGUGCCAACAGUUAGAGGAAAGGACUGGGGGAAAAAUCAUUCAUAGGAAAAGUGGUACGGUAUACCUCUUCCGGGGCAGAAACUACAACUAUAGAACACGCCAACGUUUUCCUCUGAUGCUGUGGAAACCUGUAUCUCCAGUAUAUCCUAGGUUGGUUAAGCGAGUUCCAGAAGGCCUAACACUAGAAGAAGCAACUGAAUUUCGUCGGAAGGGAAGGAACUUGGAACCGAUAUUCAAGCUAGCAAAAAAUGGUGUUUACUGUGACCUUGUAGCAAAUGUCAGAGAGGCUUUUGAAGAGUGUGAACUAGUGCGAAUAAAUUGUCAAGGACUAAAUGAAAGUGAUUAUCGAAGGAUUGGAGGAAAACUAAGGGAUCUUGUUCCAUGCAUAUUGCUCUCAUUUGAGAAUGAACACAUACUUAUGUGGAGGGGGAAAAAGUGGAAGUCCUCUUUCUCAGGUCUCGAAGAUGAUUACAAUGAAGCCAAUAAAAUUGAUGUUGACAGUGACAAUUCCAAUACACCGACUUCAGAUGCCCCAGAAUUGUCUGAAAUGUCUUUACAGGAGAAUUCAUUAGAGCAUCGAAGUAGUGAAUCUUAUGACACUAGUAUUUCUUCGAGUUCAGAUGAUGUGAGUUUCUCUCAAGCUGAGGUGCCUUACCCUAUAGAAGAUAGCAAUCCACCUUUCUCGAUGGUUACCGAUGCUGCUUCACUUUCUAUGGGAACCUGUGAAGUUGAAACCACAGAUGAUGUCAGGGGUUCUCCACCUUCUGAUAGCACAAAAUCAAGUGUUUCUGUGCUGGAAAGUUGUGAGAAUUCUAUUGAUGGCAAGUUAGAUCCUUCUACAGAUGGGUUGCUAGAUAGUUCAAGUGCAGCUGAUGAAAGUUUAAUUUCAAUAUCAUCUGCAUCUUGCACAGAAGGAGUUAUGUUACUGUGGGAGCAAGCUGUUGAGAAAGGUAGUGCACUUGUUUUAGAUGACAGAUCUUUGGAUGCUGACAAUGUUUAUCAAACCGCAGUGGCUUUUGCCAAAUCAGCUCCCCCAGGGCCUGUUUUUAGCCGAUCUAGAAAGGUUAGGGUUCAAAAUAAUGACGAGCAAGAAGAUUCAACUUUUGAGAAAAAAGAAGUUACCACUGUUGUGAUUGAAGGUAAAAUGGAGAACACUCAGAAGAGUUCCGAAAUUCGAAGAAAAGAUUUUGAUGAGCGACAGAGGAAUGUAGUGCCACAGGGAACAAGAGUAGAUGAACUUGUGAAACUUCUGACAUGAUACCACCAAAAGUAGUGUUGAUGGACAACUGCAAGAAAGACAAGGCGAUCGCUGAACUUUUCAAGAGCCAUUGCAUUCAAAUCUGAUUUGCACCUCUUGCUUCUAAGGGCAACAUUCCAUGAACACAAAGGAGAUGUGUUGAGUGCACUCAGAGAUUGUCGUGUCACACUUUCUGUGGACCAUAACCACCAAGAAAUGUUGGAACUGCACAUCAAAGUUAAUAGCCAUGAGCUAUGAUGACAUACUUUAAAAGAGUGUCAUCAGCACCUUUUUAUGUGUGUGUUUGUGGUUUUUUUUUUUUUUGAAAAAUAGAACCUGUAAUGUAAUAUUGGCUUGCAAUGAAUGGUGAUCGGUUUAUACACCAUGAAGAAAAAGAGAAAGAAGAAAAAAUAAAUGUGUAAUAAAAAUCAAUAAAAGAAUAUACACAUAAAUUUUGGUGCAACAAAAAUUUGUGUGCUGUGCUUUGAC